AUGACUGCUCCAAGCAAACCUCUUCCAGUCAGCCCCGUUCCACCCAGCAGCAGCAGCAGCCCACUACCAGUUUCAGAUGCCAGCGUCUUACCCAGCAGUGACGGCAGUCCCAUGCAUGGCGUGGUGGAGCAGGAGGAGGAGGAGGAGGAGGUGAGGCAGGAAUGCAGCGGUGGGGAUACGACGGCAGAGCGAUCGUUGCCCACUAUGGACUGUGAUGAACCGCAAGGGCAGCAGCAGCAAGGGCAGCAGAGGCAGCGGCUGCAGCAGGAGCAGAAGGAGCAAGGGCAGCAGCAGCAGCAGCAGCAGCAGCAGCACGUGCAGCUGCAGCGGCAGUUGGAGCAGUGCACGUUGGUGGAUGGCAGACACUCCCACCGCGACAACAUCACCGCCCGCCUCUCCUUCCUCCUCUGGGCGCUCCAGGCAGGCGGCAUGGAGCUACAGCCAGAGGGGCUGCGGGUGAUUUGGACCGAGUUAGUGGAGCACCCAGCAUGCCCUGAUGACCGCCAGCUGGCGCUGACGUGGCUGGGUCGGGGUGGUGGGAGGGGCCGUGAGCUCGACGGGACAGGUGGCGCUCUUGGAUUGGUUGACGCAGCUGCCUCCGGAGCAGUUCUCGCCUGUGGCUUGGAGGUGGGUGGGCUUGCCAAUGCCGUGAACUACUGUAGGUUGGAGGUUGCGUCCCCUCAGCCUCGCGUGCUCGCAGUCACCCCAGCACCACCGGGAGCAACACCAGCACCAGGAGGAUUGCUGGCACCAGCAGCAGCACUCCCAGUGGGAGCAGGAGCAGUAGCAGGGGGAGCAGCAGCAGGGGAGGGCGUGCAGGUGGCAGUGGCGGGGGAUGUGGGCGGGCUGAAGGGAGUGGAGCUCGUGUGGUUGCUGGCUCUGCGCUGCCCCUCCCCCGCCAUCUGGCAACCCUGCAUCCAGCUAUUAAGGGACCUGCACUCCUCGCUUGUCGCCCCAGAAAAGAGCAGACCUUGUCAUGCGCAUGGUGGCGGUGCGGCAGAGCUUCAUAGGCGAGUGCAUGCUCUCCCUCCCUUCCUCCCUUCCUCCCUUCCUCCCUUCCUCCCUUCCUCCCUUCCUCCCUUCCUCCCUUCCUCCCUUCCUCCCUUCCUCCCUUCCUCCCUUCCUCCCUUCCUCCCUUCCUCCCUUCCUCCCUUCCUCCCUUCCUCCCUUCCUCCCUUCCUCCCUUCCUCCCUUCCUCCCUUCCUCCCUUCCUCCCUUCCUCCCUUCCUCCCUUCCUCCCUUCCUCCCUUCCUCCCUUCCUCCCUUCCUCCCUCCCUCCCUUCCUCCCUUCCUCCCUUCCUCCCUUCCUCCCUUCCUCCCUUCCUCCCUUCCUCCCUUCCUCCCUUCCUCCCUUCCUCCCUUCCUCCCUUCCUCCCUUCCUCCCUUCCUCCCUUCCUCCCUUCCUCCCUUCCUCCCUUCCUCCCUUCCUCCCCUCCAAACCCCCCUUCCCCCGUUCCUUCCUGCCCAACUUCUUCUAUUCUUCAGGCCAAGCUAGUGGCGGCCAAGCUGGUGGCGGUGCGGCAGAGCUUCAUAGGCGAGUGCAUGCUCUCCCCUCCCUUCCUCCCCACCAACCCCACUUUCCCCUUACCCCUUCCUUCCUGCCCAACUUCUCCUAUUCUCCAGGCCAAGCUGGUAGCGGUGCGGCAGAGCUUCAUAGGCGAGUGCAUGCGGCGCCUGGCUGCUGCGAUGCAGCAGCUGGAGGGAGGGACAAGUGCGGGGCAUAACGGGCAGACGUUGGGGGGGCAUAACGUGACCGUGGAAGGGAGAAGCGCAGGAGGAGUGACGCCACCAACUGGGAGGGAUGCUCUGCCCAUGGAAACGAGUGCGGAGGAGAGUGAUGGUGGGGAGAGGACGGGUGAUGCAAGGGAUGGGGGUGGUGAUGUGGCAAUGGCCGGACAGGAGGACGAGGGUGGCUUGGAAGCGAGGGAGAAGGAGAGGGAGGGCGGGGUCGCAGGGAGUGGGGAGAUGAAUGGCGAAGGCAGGGGUGGUAAGGGUGGCAGGGGCAGCAAGGGUGGCAGCAGUUUGGAAGGGCAGGCGUCAGCAGAGGAGCAAGCACAACGCUGUCUCUUGCUCUUGACACAAUUCCUCACGCGCUGUGAGGCCUCCUGCCCGCGCAAAGUGCCGCCCCAUGGUGCCUCCUACCAGGGCAGGCCGUUUCAGGUGGAGGUGAGAUCCGAGGCAGGCCGUUUCAGGUGGAGGCCGUUUCAGGUGGAGGUGAGAUCUGAGGCAGGCCGUUUCAGGUGGAGGAGAGAUCCGAGGCAGGCCGUUUCAAGUGGAGGUGAGAUCCGAGGCAGGCCGUUUCAGGUGGAGGUGACAGUGGCACACAGCAAGCACGUGAACUUCUUCGUUCACACGCAUGCAAACGAGUACCUGCGCUUGCUGCGACUCAAGCUGAAUCCCCGGCCUCGCAGCAGGCAGCAAGGGGAGGGAGGGGAGGCAGAGCUUCCGGGAGUGCUCAUGGCACGACAGGGGGAGGUGGGUUUGGGUUUGCGGGGAAUGGGGUCGGCGGAAGGAAGGAGGAUGGAUCUGAGCGAGGAGAGGGGAAGGGGAGAGCGGAGUGGCAGGGCUGCGGGGCGGACGAGGGUUCCCAAGCUUGCAGCGGACGAGCUCCUCAUGCUGCUGCCCACACACCGCGCCAUUCUUGACGAUUUCGUGGUCAGUGCUGGACGGGCUAUUGCUGCCUGUCAACCGCCAGCCCUCGCCUGCCACCACCUAAUGACCCAUGCUGUCAUCCAUCUGUCUGCCGUAUGCGUCUACCCAUGUGCCUCCAUGCAUCCCACCCACCACCAGGUGCUGGACGGGCUAUUGCUGCCUGUCAACCGCCAGCCCUCGCCUGCCACCAUUCGCUUCCGAGCGAGCUUUCUCCAGUCCAAUGGUUUCAGUGCCCUCAUGUCAGUCUUUCAGAGCCAAGCACUGCCGCGUGCAGCGGAUGACAGCACGAGGCGGAAGUGCUACAUGAGCGCCCUGCACAUUCUCAAGCUCCUGCUGUUUGGCGAUCACUUUGGUGGCGCCUCUAGCACAGCACCAGGCCUCUGGGAAGACUGGGAGCAAGGAAGCGACGAGGAGCAGCUGCCAGAUGCCGCAUACACAGCCGCAGCAGCGGGCACUGUAGCAAGCACUAUAGAGAGCAUUGUGGGGAGCACUGUAGCGCGUACAGUGCCAGUGGCGGCCGCCCCUCUCCUUGCCACGGCACCUGGCGAUUCGUCUGAGCCAACCUGCCUCAUCCGGGCGGAUGGCACAGUGGUGGUAGCGGAAGCAAAGAGGGUGGGUGAGGGGAUGGACGAGGGGGAGGAGGAAGACGUGGAAGUACAGGACAUUCUAGAUAACGGCGGACUCACUGUAGAUACUUGUGAAAAUGCUGCCAAUAAAGGGGUUGUUCCUAGCGAGGACGCCCCAACUCCUCAGCCUCCUGCAGCAGGUGCUGCUGGAGCAGCACAAGCACCAGCGCAGCAAGCAGUGGUAGAAGCAGCUGCUGUAGACUCGUUAGCAGCGGCGACGGCAGCCCCUGUUCCGGCAGCAGCAGUGGCCCCUGUGCCUGAAAGGGAUGUGCCGCCAUUUGUAGCAAUAAUGGAUGCGCCGUCAACCCUGCUGCCGGCUGAUUGGUCAGAGCUCACCAAUACCAUCAUGAUGCUCGCCUGGGCGGCAUCGAUCGGCUCGUUGCAGGCGAUGGGGUCACCCAAUCCGCAUGCAUUCGAUACUGCAGCAGCUGUUGCUCACCUGGCCCUGCAGUCUGGGCUAAAGCAGCGGGUGGAGCGGGCCGGCUCGGGGAAGGGGGGAGGGGAGGAGAGCGAUGAAUCAGAGGACGAGGAUGAUGAGGAGGAAGCGGAUGAGGAUGGGGCGGAUUCACCGUUGCAUCCUGAUGAUGCGUGCCUGGCGAUAGAAGGAGCAGUGGUGCUGUCUGAGUGCCUGGCCCGCCGGCGAGAGAUCGCCGCCAUCCUCUUCGCCUCUCAUUUCGUUUCCAGAUUCAUCGUUGACACCUGCUUGCACUGCCCAGAAACCGAGAUUCGAUACAAAUUCGCGGAGCUCUUUCUCCACAUAAGCUUGGAGAAGUGGCCGCCCCUUCCUUCCUCCACCACACAGCCAGCAGCACCACCAGUCGCACCAGCUUCCACAGCACUACCAGCAGCAGCAGCAGCAACGGCAUCACGAGCAGCAGCAGCAGUGACAGGCCAGGCUGGUGCCACUCUCGGCCUCCCAGGCCUUACUGCACGCCCCUUCACAUCCAUCCACUCCUACAUCUUCCACUCCCUCGCCUCUGCCCGCGCUGCUGCUGACAAGCAACCAAAACACAACAGACCAUACUGGGAGUUGCUAUGCAAGGUGGUGCAGGGGGUGUAUCUUCGAGACGAGGAGGAAGCUGUCAGGAAGCUUCUGGACGAGGAGAUUCGCUGGCUGCAGCACGUGACAUGGGAAAUGGACGGCAGGGAAGAGCUGCUGGAGGGCCAUCUGCUGCUGCUCAAGGUGCUCGUGGAGGUGUUAGAGUGCCGCCAGCUCGUUGCCUGCUCUCCACCACACGGCCAUGGAAUUUUGCACCUGCUCAUCACUCGCUGCCUCUUCCCUGAAUGGCCGGUGGUUGUUCCAAGCCACCAGCAAAUACAACCGACACAGCAGCAACACCAACAACACCACCACCACAACCACCAACAACAACAACACCAGCAACAACAGCAGCAGCCGCCUGGCGAAUCCUCCCCCCCAACGACCUGGGGGCUUCUCUCCUCUCAUCCCCGCGAUGCUGCAGUUUUCCGCCCCCUCUGCUCCGCCUCGCCCUCGCGCAAUGCUGCCUUCACGCUUCUCAUCGCCCUCUGCGCCAAGACCCCUGAAGCCCUACGUGAGCUGGCCUCCCUGCUGCUGCCGCUGCACUUUGCCUCGGUGGAGCACGAGUUGCCAUCAUGGGAGUACCUCCCCAGCUGCGCCCCCCGGCCUCGGGCAGGCUAUUCGGGUCUCAAGAACGCAGGAGCCACGUGCUACAUGAACAGUGUGUUCCAGCAGCUCUUCAUGCAGCCCCAAGUGCGCCGCGCCCUCCUCGCUUUUCCUGAGACGCCCGAGUCGGACCGACCACUAUCCGUGAUCUACCAAGUGCAGGCCAUCUUCAGCUAUCUGCUAGCCGGCUGUGCCGACUACUUCGUGCCAGAAGGUUUCUGGGAUGCCUUCAGGGACUAUGAUGGGCAGCCGGUGAACCUGAGGGAGCACCAGGACGCGUUUGAGUUCUUCAACCGCCUCUACGACUCGCUGGAUGAGAGCAUGAAGGCUCAGCGGCACUCCCCCACGCUCACCUCCAUUUUUGGCGGACAUUUUGCACAGCAGAUCAUCUGUCGAGGCUGCCCCCAUCGCAGUGAGAGGGAGGAGCCAUUCGCAGCAGUGAGUGUGGACGUGAAGGGAAAGCGCGGUCUGCAGGAGUCUCUAGAGGCGUUUGUGCAAGGGGACCUGCUGGAGGCGGAUAACGCCUACUUCUGUGGGCAGUGCGGCAAGAAGGUGGACGCACUGAAGCGUGCGUGCAUCAAGACCCUGCCGCCCACCCUGAUAAUUCACCUGAAGCGCUUCGACUUUGACUACGAGACGAUGCAGCGGCUGAAGCUGAAGGACCGAUUCACCUUCCCCCUCACUCUCAACAUGCGGCCUUUCACCCGCGAGGGGCUCGCUCAGAAGGAGAGAGAGCAGAGAAGGGGACGGUACAGCUUGGUGGGGGUGGUGGUGCAUUCUGGGACAGCGUUUGCGGGGCAUUAUUACUCGUACAUCAAGGAGAGGAGCGGCGAUUCUCCGCUGCAUCACAGCCGUCCAUCUCAAUCCGUGCGGUCGAAGCAGCGGUGGCUGUGCUUCGAUGACAAGCGGGUGGAGGCAUACGAUGUGAGGGAGUUGGAGAAGGACUGCUUCGGAGGGAAGUACUCCGCUGAGGUGUAUGACAACCUCAUCAAGACCUCUUCGCCACAGGAGUUUGACCGACCCAACAGCGCCUACAUGCUGUUCUAUGAGCGGAAUGCCCCCACUGCUGCUGGCGCCAGCACCACCAGUACUGCUGCUAUGGCUGCCGAUGCCCCUGCCGCUACCACUGCCACCACCACUGCUGCCACCACUGCCACCGGUGGUGCUGUCAAUACAGCUGCAACUGCAGAAGGGCUGAGGGCAACAGGAGAGGCGCCAGCAGCCGCAGCAACGGCAGAGACAGCAGCAGGCGGCCCAACCACCACCACCAUGAUCACCCCAUGCACAGCAGCAGAGGAGAGGGUAGAUGAAGCGGUGGAGCCAUAUAGCAUCCCUCCCAGCAUACACCACUGCGUGUGGCAAGACAACCUCAGGUUUCAGCAGGAGUCGCGGCUGUUGGAUCAGACAUACUUCCGUUUCCUGCUGCAGCUCGCACGGGUCAACCUCGACGUCUUCCAAAUGUGCCACGAUCGAGGCAAGAUGGCGGCCUUAUCAGACGCAAGGGCAGGCGGGGUGAAGGCGUCACCACAGCGCAGCGAAGCACUGCGGGUGGAGCGAGCAGCAGAGGAGACGGCAGAGGCGCUGCUGUCGCUGCUGCUGCCGUUCCUCUUCCGCGUCUACCUGAGAGCGCAUGCCAGCCUAAGGACAGAGGAUCCACUCUGGACGGACGUGCUAUCGCGCAUGCUGGACGCCAACAGCACAGCAUGUCGCCUCUUCAACGCGCGCAUGGCGGGCAACAGGCGGUGGCUCUUGCACUUCCUCCUCAAGUGCCCCAUCAACGCCAUCUCCGUGGCUGUAGCGGAUCUGCUGGUAACCAGCUGUCACAGCGCCACCUGCUUCGUUAACGCACGUCCAUUGGCUGCUGGUUCAACAGUGCCCACUGCAACUCCUGCUGCGGCUGCUGCUGCAGCAGGAGGAGCUCCUGAAGGGUCGGCAGGGGAUGCUGGGGCAGCUGGAGCAGCAGGAGGGGCAGGGGCAGGUGCGGCAGGGGAAGAUGCAUUGAAUGUGGACGCGCUGAUUGAUUCGCUGGUGUCGCUGCUGAGAGACGCCAGUGGCCCCUCCUGCCACGUGGACAACGUGACUCUGCAGCAUCUUCGUGGACCGUUUACCUUCCUCCUUGUGCUUGACUCUGCGCUCUCCUCUCAUUCCCCUCCCCCCGGCCACUCCCUGCAGCUGUGCAGCAUAUUGGUGGAGUAUGCACGCAUCGGCCCCACCCAGCGCCUCUCCCUCAUUCGCAGACAGCUGCCCGCCACCUGUGUACGUGCUGUGAGGUGCUCCUCGCUCUGCCUUGGGUGGUGUUUUGAGACGUCUCAAUUCUUAUCCACCGAAAGUUGCCCGCCUCACCUAUACUUGGAGAGUGAGCUUGCGUUGAGUGCUGGAAGUGCUGUUGGUGCGUGUUGGAGAGCUAUGCUCUCCCACCGUGUGGUCGUUGUCCCCUUUCUCUUGACUCAGCUCAUUUCCUUUCCUUCACCCCGCCCCCUUCCCGCUCCCCCUUGCAGCUGGGCUAUCUGGACCGAGUGGGAAUCGCAGCAGCAGCCAAGCUCCAUCUCUCGCCCCUCCACCCCCUCCUCUCCAUCCUCAUCAGUUCCUGCCACCCCCAGUUGUCCCCAGUCUCUUGACUCACCUCCACAUUUUUCUUUACCCAUUCCCUUCCCCUCUCCCCCUUUCCAGCUGGACUAUCUCGAUCGAAUCACAUCCAAUCUGGACAACCACGACACCAUCUCUCUCCUCCUGUACAUCUCCUUUGGCAACGAGAGCGAAAGCAUCACCGUACUUCGUGAGGCCAUGAGCUCGCUGCAACGAGCAGCAGUCACGUCAUCUCGCCGCAUUCUCUCGCUGCUGCUGCACCUACUCAAGCUGCCAGAUUCCCUUCAAGAGCAAGUGUCCCCCCUAAAGCGCUACGCCCUCCUCAAGUUCCUACUGGCAACAGCAGCCUUCAGCACCAUGUCGCGGCGCCACAUCGCGGUGAGGCGAGCAGACCUGAGCGCCGUGCUGCAGUGGCUGCAGGAGGAGACUGCCAACGCGCCCGGGCACGAUCUGUCCAAUGAGGAGCUGCCAUCUGGCACGCUGCGCCGCACUGCCACUGUGGAUUCGACCAUCGCCACAGGGCUGAGUCUCAUCAGCCUGCCGCACGAACCCAAUGCAUGA